AUGUCUCAAUUCAUGAGCUUUGACGGCUUGCCGCUGAUUGUCCACGAUCGCAUCCUCCGCUCCCUGCCAUCCCCGCAAGAUGUCGCCAACACCAUCCGCGCCAGCCCAGGUUCCCUUCAUGCGUUCGUGACUGGGAGUCGCAGCAUCCUUCUGUCUGCACUGAAGAACUUCCUAUCGCCGGAGAACCAGCAUCUGAUGAAUCUGGUCAUGGCAGCUCGCCACAUCUGCCAUCAUGGACGGCCUGACGGCUUCAAAGCUCUUGACUUCAAUCAAGCAGUCAACGCCUACAUUCAAAACAGCGACCUGCGCCCUCUGACCCUAGACACCGUCCAUCGUUCCAUCAGGCUCUACGAAGUGGUGGGAAAGGCUAUCACAGCCUACAACCUAUUCACACUCGCAAGGUCACAGCAUCGAGUGCCGAAGCUAUCUACCCCUGAGGCAUCCAGGUGGCGCUACCAGUUUACCGGGUGUGGCUUACGGACUCCAGACGAGGAAGAGACUUCCAGAAUUUGGAGGGGUUUCCUGUUGUAUGAGUUAGUUUGCAUCAUACACGGUGUGCCCCAGAUCACGGAUGCCGCUUCGAGCCGGCGCCACUAUGCCUCGGACGUGGCGCUGGAGAUGAGCAAAUCCUUCCGAGAGACCCCGACAUACAUGCGCGAGGAGAUCAUGUGCAUUCAACAAUACGUUCAAGAACAAUACGACUUGGCAUUCAAUGCGCUCGUUGAGAGUUUUGAGCUCGCUGUCGGUGAAAUUGGCCGACAAGCUCUAGACACUUCAACGCCUCCCGCGGAGAGCACCGUGCCAAUCGUGGACCUGGAUUGGGAAACCUUGGGAGUCCCAGUACAACACCUCAUCGAGCCACCUUGUAACAAGUCCAACAUGUGGUCAAUCAACAUGGCGGUGCUCGGCGUUAGUUUCUUGCAGAGAUUCCUUUCUUGGGACGAAUCCACCCGGCUUGAAUUCAUCCGCUUCACCUAUCCCUUCUUGAGCAACUGGGAGGAAUGCCCCAUUGAGGCCUUCCUGAGUUCCGACAUUAAUGUGGAUGAUUUAACGGCCAAAGAAUUCGGAUGGGCAUCAAAUGACAUUGAUUACUCUUUUUAUGUGUCUCGAAACGUCGAUGUCAACAUCCAGCUCCGAUUGAGAGCCGUGGGCUGGAUCUUCUGGGAGAACCCGGACCGACUUUGGCUCAUGAGUUUGGCUGAGGGCCUUGUGGACGAGGCUUACGCGUCUUCAUAUGCACUCCGCCCCCACCUGAGGCUCCAAGGCCGACCCCAUUUGCUGGAAAAGUCUGUCGAACCGGAGGAAUGGGAACGCGUCGUCCGCUUAUUUGGUCCUUCUUUAUCCGAAAGCCAGCUCAAGGACAUCAAGGGUCUGUUCAAGUCAAUAGCAAACCUGAAAUCCGGUAGCUUUUCCGACGUUGUCUCCACCUUGCGUUGCCACCAUGAGGGAGAUGCUUCAAUUGAAGCCCAGGAGAAUGAUGGCUGA